AUGGCUCACCUUGCCAUCGACGAGCACAUCCCAGAUAUCUUCACUAUCAUAUGCUGCAACGACAGCUUCCAGCUUGCCCUCGACCUGAACACCAUCAAGACCCUGCUCCGAGUGUGCAAACGAGUCCGUUCUCUCCUGAGCUCCAAGCUGCCUCGCUUCAACACCUGGUGCCAGAGUAUGGAGCUCCUCAAUCCAGAUGGACAGAUGCGGAUCGGUCUCACACCAAGCGACCAGAUUGCCAUCUCGCUGCAUUGCAAGAAUCAAGCCACAGCCGACCGAUCCUGGCUCGAAGAUCAAGCCGAUAAGGGCAAUGCUGCCGCGUCGUAUUUCAUGGCAAGAAUCCUGCAGGCUGAACUUGCUCGUCAGCGGUCAAUGAAUUGGAACAAGUGGAAAGCUAUGCAACAAGAAAUCUUCCACUAUCUGAAGAAUGCCGCCAAAACAAGUCACCCAAUGGCACAGCUCCACCUGGCGGAAUGUUAUCGCAACGGACUCGGAGUCGACCAAGACCAUACCAAAGCCGUCGAUAUGUUUCGCAGCUUUGCAGAUGGCGGCGUUCCUCAUGCUCAAAUCGCCCUCGGUCGAUGUUAUGAGAAUGGCGAAGGUGUCGAUCAGGACUACGACGCAGCCAUUGAGUGGUAUUCCAAGGCUACCGAUCAAGGCAGCGACGAUGGCCGACUCCACACCGUAUUCCUCCAGGCCUGGUUCUCGCUCAUCGGCCACGGUGUCGACCAGAGCGACGCUGAUGCCUUCAAUCACUGGCAGCAAGUCAGCAACCUGUCCACCGAUUCAGUAAUCAAACCCAUCGCCACCCACAUGCUUGGCUGGAUGCACUACCUCGGCCGGGGUACCCAGCUCGACAAGCAGGAAGGCGUCAAAAUGAUCCGAGAUAACAGAUCGGAUGAGUUCCCACUCGGAGAGGAUGAGUGUCUGGCACCGUACAGAUGGCGUGUCUCAUCCGACUCACCAACAUCCCGCAAGUUCUUCCAGUUGUGUCAGCUGGAAUCGAACCGUGACUGGCUGUGCAGGCAUCUCAUGGCCGUUUGCCUGUUCCAUGGAUUCGGAACCACCGAGAACCGGAAGAAUGCAGCCGUCAUCUUUGAACAACUCGCCAACGACGGCCACAGCGAUAGCCAAUAUUGGAUCGGAUGGUGCUACUACCGUGGCGGAGGAGUAUCGGGGAACUACAAGAAGGCAUUCGAGUGGUUCAGCAAGUCGGUCGACCAAGGCAACUCAUAUGGGCAGUAUAUGGUUGGUUAUUGUUACUACUAUGGAUACGGAGUCGCCAAGGACGAAACCAAGGCAGUCGAGUGGUUUCGCAAGUCGGCCGUGCAAGGAAAUCGAUACGGUCAAAAUUAUCUCGGCCACUGUUACCAGAAUGGCGAAGGUGUUCCCGAGAAUAUCGACACCGCCAUUUUCUGGUACCGCAAGUCCGCCGGCCAGAGGUGGCAAGAUGCCAUCAAUCAACUCACGAAACUCGGCAAGUGGCCCUGA